AUGUAUUUUAGUGUGGUUGUCAAGCUAUCAGAAGAACUUGUUAAUGAAUUAGAACGUUCUAUUCUCCAGCAAUCUGGGCACAAAGCAUCAUUACCUCAACUCGAGUUUUGUGGAUCAGUUAUUUAUAGUAGUAUGUUAGGGGAGUGUGGAUUUGCUUGUGAAGAAAUUUUGGAAGAAAAUUCACAUCUGGAUGAAAUUAUCUUGGGAUUUGACACAGAAUGGCCAGUAACUUACAGAUCUAAUGAAAGUAGCAGUAGCAGGACGUCUUUAAUACAGAUAUGUGCUCAAAAAGAAAAAUGUUAUUUGUUUCAUGUCAAUAAUUUGAGAAGACUACCGUUGGCAAUGAUCCACCUGAUGGAACAUCCUAAAACUAAAUUAGUAGGAGUAAACAUUACAAGUGAUUUGUGGAAACUGGGAAGAGAUUUUGACAUAUCUGUCAAGUCUAUCAUUGAAACAAAAGUAAUAGACCUGGGGAAGUAUGCCAAUGAGGUUUUACAAUGCAGCCAGAAUUGGAGUUUAGCUGGUUUAGUUUUACAUGUGUUGAAGAUGGACAUCAAUAAAGAUAUUACUGUGAGGAAGAGUAAUUGGACUGUAUACAACUUGUCUGAAAAGCAAAAGAAAUAUGCUGCUACUGAUGCUUUUGCUGCUUAUGUUUUAUAUCUGCGCUUAAAACAGCAAGAGAAGAAAGAAGAUAAUGGCUCGUUUUGUUAGAGUUUUAGUGGCAGGACGAAUGGACUACAGAACUGCACUGAAACUACAGUAUUUGCUAGCCAGUAAUCAUAAAAAUCCAUCAUUAUGUGAAAAAACAAAUAACACUUUAGUGUUAAUUGAGCAUGAUCCUGUAUACACUGUAGGGAUACGUGACAAAAGCUAUUCUCAUGAAGACGAAAAAAAGUUAAAAGCUUUGGGAGCUGAAUUUCAUCGUACAAAUCGUGGUGGAUUGAUUACAUUUCAUGGACCAGGACAAUUGGUAGUUUAUCCCAUCAUAAACCUUAAAGAAUUUAAGCCUAGUAUGAGAUGGUAUGUUUCUCAGCUGGAAAAUACUGUAAUUGCAUUAUGUAAGAAGUAUGAUAUCACAGCAUCCACAUCUCCUCAUACUGGUGUGUGGGUGGAAGAUAGAAAGAUAUGUGCUAUUGGAAUUCAUGGUAGCAGAUUUGUAACAACUCAUGGAAUAGCCUUAAAUUGUUCAACAAAUUUAGAGUGGUUUUCACAUAUUGUACCAUGUGGUAUUGAGGGAAAGGAAGUGACAUCACUGACAAAUGAAAGAAAUGAACUUAUUUCAAUUGAAAAUGCUAUUCCUAUUUUUUUGUCCUGCUUCAGUGAACAGUUUAAUUGUUUGUUAACUAAUUAUCCCAAGGAUGAAAAAGAUGCCUUAUUUAAAAGUUUAGAAUGCAAUAUAUGACCUGUAUUUGGUGAAAGAUAUGAGAGACAUUGGUAGGAAUAAAAAUCAUGAGUUUGUUUCUCAUUUAUCAAAUCAAAUUUCAUAUUAGUGUGUUCUAAUAAAAAUUAGUGUAAUUGAUUUAAUAGACAAAUAUGUAAAAUUCAAUAUUAAAUGGAUUGAAAUGUUCAAUAAAAGUUUAAAUUUACCCUGUGGCUUGUACUAUUUGCAGUUUAAAGUUUGCCAUGAACACUGCAACAAAACAUGAUGGUUCAUUUCCACAUUAAUUUAGAGUAUGUGAUAUGUUUUCACACAAGAGUUAGCAAUGAAAAAUAAAACACUAUUUUGUGAACACCAUUGUUGAUCUAAUGGUAAAUUGUGCAAAACAGUAACGAAGUGUGUACACAUAAAACAUGAGUCUCCUCCAAAAACAAAUUUUUUGCAUGGUUAAAAAAAGUUCACAUCCAGCUUUUGAAUAAAGUAGACUAAACAGUCAAGUGUGGCUAAUGAAAUUCUAUAAAUUGCAAAAUAUUCCAUGAUAUAAGAUAGUUAACACUACAUCAACACACACAAUCUACGUAAGCUCUCACUAUGUUGAUUGAGUUAGGUCUCCAGAAGGAUAUACAUUUAGUAACUGACUGACGCACAAUGCAUUCUGAAUAUUCUAAAUGAACUUCAAUUUAUAUUCCUGUUCUGAAAAUCUAGUCUCUAAGAAUGAAGUGUGUAUUUUAACACCGAAAAUGCAGUGAUAUUUCGAAGUCUUGAGAGCGGGAAACCUAAAUUUUCAGUCAUUAAUUAUCUAUUUUGCAAAUGAAGCUCAUGUUUUGCUUAAAGCCACAUUUUAAAGCUUAAUCAUCAAUAUUUAUUUGCACCAAGAGAAACUGGAAAACUGUUUCCAACUCAUCACACAACCUUCUUGAAAGACAAAUUUGUUGUUAGCACCACAUCACUGCAGCUGAACGUGCACAUUUGAUCACAAUAGUUGCCUGCUGUUGCCUCUUUUUCCACCUAAUGCAGUUUACAAAUGUGUACUACAGCUUUACAGACAUCCAAAGAAAAUUGUAAGCAUUUAGUUAGAAACAUACAAAUAUAUCUCAAAGAACCAUGUACUCUCACACUAAGAGUAGAGAAUAUAUAGCAAGUACAUCAAAUAUUACACAUUUAACAACAUCCACAAUAAUUAUUGAAAUUAUAAAAUAACUUCUUUAGCUUUACUCAAUCAAUCAAUGAAAUAUGGUUUUUAGUAAGCAAAUAACUGCACUACAUUGACAUAAUUCCUGCUACAUAGUUAGCAACUGUGCUCAAAAUAAACAUGUCAACAUUAGGAACUAAAUAACUGUUUCAUUAUUUAGAAUAUGAGGCACAUAAGCCUCCUUUCUUGUAGCAUGAGAAUUGAAUUUACGAGGGGGGAGGGAGGAGAAACCGACACACUGGGUGAUAUUGAAAAGCAAAUGUGCAUGUUCCAGGCAAAUACAACACUUCAGAAGGCAAUAUUCACGUAAUGUGUUCAAUUCUUUCAGCAAACUCAUUUACAAGGUAUUCGCAACAUUUUGAAUGAACAUCCUUCCAUAAUCACACAUUUUGAGCUUUUUAAGACACAAUAUAUACAUAUAUAUUAUAACUUAUAAGACUGCAUAGGCCCUCAACACUUUAGAUUUUAUUUUUUAACAGCAUAUUUCCUAACUAAACGAAUUAAGGAAAUUCACCUUCAAUAAUAUUUUAAUUUGCUAAAUGUUAGAAAAAAGCUUUUGAACAGCCUUUCGUUCAUUCUUGGCUAUCUGGGAUAAGCCGUGUCUAGGUCAAUUGUGCUGAUGUUUCAGCCAUCUUGCUGUGGCCUUCUUCAGAGCUAUAGUGCUAGAAGUAUACAGCUGCUACAGCAGUAUAGCUCUGAAGAAGGUCACAGCAAGAUGGCCG